AUUUCACAACCUAUAGUACUCUAGACUAUGAGAGUAUGAUGAAGCAUUGCCUUCUCUAGAAAUCUGACAUUGAAACAUCUUUCUUCUCUGGAUCAUUACUAAAACUGAGAUUUGUGGUAAGCGGUUAAACUCGUAGCAUUUGUUUCGACGCUGUUUUUGUUCUGCAAACCGGCGAAUUCACGAGCAAAACGACUUGAGACUGGUGUAUUCUGGUGCUAGGUGUAGCAUGCGUUUUCAAUGAAAGGACGUGUUUGCAAGUGGCUAUUUCUUUGAGUAUUCUUUAUUUCGUGUUGCUUGACAUGCGUUAGAAGAACAGUAAGCUGAGAGAUGUUUGCCUCAGCCACCAGAAACUUUGUGGAGGAGGUGGAUCCUGGAGGUUUGCUGAUCCCAGUGUCCAGCCUGAACGACACCAUUGACCUCCUGACGGUGGUUGUGAAGCAUAAGCGUUUCUGGUUCUGGCAGAAAACAAAGUAUAACCCUACUGAUUUUAAUUUAAACGAUAUACUAACAGGAGACACAUCUAUAAAGCCUGAUGUCACUGAGUCAGACUUCAUCACAUACAAUGGGAUAUACGGUGACAACGUGCAGGGUUCCAUAGAAAUAUCAGCAAACUCAGCCCAAGCCAACGCCAAUUUGAAUCUGGAGGGUAAAGAGUCAUCCAAACUCCAGUCCUCCUUUGGAAGUUUGAAGAAGCAGGAAGUGGAUGUGAAGAAACUGCUGUGUGACUCCAAAACCAGGGUCCUGGAUAUGUCCCAUUCCCUGAUCCAGCAGGUGAAGGAGAAGCAGAGGCGGGUGUUUGGGAUUGUGAAGGAGCGGAUUGUGACCACUCGGCUCUCUUCGGUCAUAGAGGAGGUGCAGCAGGGAGCUCAGUGUGCAGGAGGACUGAGCAUCUGUGGGCCGCAGAGCUUAAAGGUGUCGUUGAAAGAGAAUGGGAGCUUGAGUAAAGACAGUAACAUCAACAUGGAGAUUCCCGUCCAUACUACCAUCGCCUAUGCUCUCAUAGAGCUAGAAAUCAAACAGGAUGGACGUUAUGGGCUGUGUCUGAUGCCAGACACGGAUGGGGGUUUUGAAGCCGAUGGCCCUGGAGACUCUUAUUCUACCCACCUUAGACAAGAGCUGGAGGAACUGAGUGAACAUUUCCAGGUGCUUUCUGAUCUUCCUGCCACCACAAGGUCAACUCUGCUCCUUCAAAUCACAAAGGUUAUGAGUGACCCAGUGGCCGUCAGUGUACUGCAGAAUGUGCUGGACAAGGUGUGCCAGGAUGAGAAACCUGCUCUGGGUGAUAUAACAGCGACAGAGGCCCAGAAACAGAACAUCCAAGCCAUUCUGGAGCUUUUGGAGCAGGCUGGUGAAGAGUCCCCACAAGUCCUUCCAGCCCUUUACCUUGUCACUUGCUCCAUUGAUGAGCUUACAAAUGAUUGUCUUGCUUUCUUGGGAAUGUGCUGCAGCCUCUCAUUGUUACAGUCUCUGGAGCUACUGAUUCAGUGUGCAUCGGGGAAGGGGGAGUUGCCUCUAAACAGCGCAGGCCUAGCUGCACUGACAGAAGACAACUUUGAAAAGACUGAACAUCUGUUUGCCGCCUCCAAUGUGUCCCUGAAGAGAGACGGGGACACAGUGAAGACCGAAAUACAACACCAGCCAGGACAGCUCCCUCUGGUCCUGUGUAUCGCCGUCAGAGGUCUCUUCUCCUUGGCCCGCUGUGAUUAACUAAAGACCUUUAUAUCCACCGGAAGCUAACACUACACUCGACAGAGGUUAGGGUCAUCAAGUAGAUCAAGUGUUAUUAGUCAGUGAUUUUUCACCUCUUGUUGGUGCUGUAGAACUUCCCCAUUUAAUAUAAUGUUCUAAAUAUAACGGUGCCAAAACAAUUAGUCAUGUAAAGCUUUAGUUCAUCUACUGUAUGACACAUCUUCAAUUUGACACAUCUUCAAUUUGACAAUCAAUUACUUGAGGUCGUGGAUUGUCGACCAUUUUGAAGACAUUAUCCCGAUUGUAGCCUUGAUUUUAACAUGGAAAAAAAACAAUUAAUUACACUUUUAAAAUGUUUCAUUUUGACAAUAUUACUUAUGACACAAGGGAUGGUACCCUACAAGUUGUGCGUUACUAAGUUAGCCCACACUUUCAAACCAAACACUUGUGAUUCAGCAAUGUGUGUGUACAGUAUAAUAUUCAGAUAGAAAAAAAGGGUUUGAUGACAGGAACCUGGAUUUAGCAUCUUAUUUGGGGUAAUGUCACUUCGGAGGUCAAUUCUUAGUAUUUUAUAGAAGCAUUGCCUUUCAGUGUUCCCAUCUAACCACGUUUCCUGUAUGUUGAAUUGCCAUUGUCUUGAAUAUGUUAUGCUGGGAUCAAUAUCAUGUCUCUGUCCUUGAGGCCGACCAAAUCCUUGAUCUGAAACUUGUUCUCAAAAUUCUUAGCUUUAGAUUUUUUAUGUAACAGCUUUUCACUUGGUUUCAAUGUUCCUUUUUAAUUGUGAAGAUUUAUACAUCUUACUUUUUAUAUUUUUGCAUGUUUUAUCUUUAUUGUGCCAACAUUCAAAACAAAGAAUUGUAAAAACUCA